AUGUGUAGCGGGCCAUUCACAAGGGCCUUUACUGCAGAACUUUUGGGUACUUUGAUAUUUGUCUUCUUUGGGCUUGGCUCGACAUUGACAUGGCCAUCACAACUUCCGACAAUCUUGCAAAUAUCCUUUACUUUUGGUCUGGGAAUUGGAACGCUUGUCCAGUCCAUUGGGCAUAUAAGUGGUGCCCAUCUUAAUCCAGCUGUGACUGUGGCAUUCCUGGUGUCAUCUCAGAUUUCCUUGUUUCGUGCCAUUUGUUAUGUCUGUGCCCAGCUAUUGGGAGCUGCGAUUGGAGCUGGCUUGCUAUAUGAAUUUACUCCUGAAGAAUUCCAUGGAAGCUUUGGUGUUAAUGGGCCAAGCAACAAUGCAACAGAAGGACAGGCCGUCACGGUGGAAAUCAUAUUAACACUGCAACUUCUGCUCUGCAUUUAUGCCUCUACGGACAACAGGCGGGAUGACAAUGUAGGAUCACCUGCACUCUCCAUAGGACUUUCAGUUGUGCUGGGUCACCUGGUUGGGAUUUAUUUUACUGGCUGCUCUAUGAAUCCAGCACGCUCCUUUGGACCAGCACUGAUAGUGGGAAACUUCACCUCACACUGGAUCUUCUGGAUUGGACCUAUGGUGGGAGCCAUACUUGCAUCAUUGAUCUACAAUUAUGUGCUAUGUCCCCAGGAGCAAACCUUCCGUGAGAAAUUAGCAAUUCUGUUAGGGAAAAUGCCCUCCAUCGAAGCAGAAGAAGAUUGGGAAGAAAGACAGGAACAGCCUAGGAGAAAGUCAAUGGAACUUCAGACCUUGUAA